GGUUUGUGACAGGACCAAAAACCCUUUUAACACUUGAUGUAUUUUUCCAUCUGAGGUGGAGUGAUGUCAUUGUCUGCCCAGCACUAACUGCUGUUGACAGUCUUCCAGCUGCAUCCAGUGUCUGAGGAGCCUCCCUUUUCCCUAUGACAUCACUGAGUCUUUAAGUCUACAGACUGGACCCAGCUAAUAACAUAAACCUGAGCCAAACCUGUCAGACCUAUUAAAGGCACUGGAGGAGCAAAGUGCAGCGCAUUCACACACAGAACUACAACCAGAUUAAAGAUGUCUUCAUAUGGACUAGUUGCUGCGGUUUUGCUGGCUUGUACCUGGGCAUUCAGUGAGGCUCAGUCGAGUUGCAAAGGUCGCUGUGGCAUGGGCUACUACAGAGGCAACAUGUGUCAGUGUGACUACAGCUGUCUGCUCUAUGGAGAAUGCUGCAAGGACUACGUGAGCCUCUGCACCUCCAAGGACUCAUGUAAGGGGCGCUGUGGUGAGACGUUCAGGCGCGGUCGUAAAUGUGACUGUGACCCAGACUGUAAGAAAUACAACCACUGCUGUCCAGACUACGAGGACCACUGUAGUGAGACAGAUCCUACACGUGAGGCCACAGAGCAGCCAUCAGGAACCCCACUUACUCCAAGUGAAAGCACUGAUCCAGGUGUCAGCCCUACACCUUAUCCAAAUGAUGAUCCUGGCAGUACCUCUCAACAGGAGGCUGAGGUGGACACUCCGGAGCCCAGUCCACCUGCAGAGGGCGCUAGCGGCUUUGGUUCCACCCCCUCUGACGUGCUGGAGGACUUCACCCCUGUACCUGACCUAGACGGGUUUGAAAUAGUCCCAGAGACUGAAAUAACAACAGCCACUGCACCAAAAGAUGAAACAACAACGAGCUCUACCACUGUUGUCCCCAGCACUGCAGAAGUGACGGCCAAUACAGAUGCUGAUGACUCCACUAACGCUCCAGAACCCACAGUGGCCGACCUUUUAUCCAAUGAACCUACGCCAGAAUCCACCACUCCCCUCUCAGACUCCCAAACGACUACUGUCCAAACCACUCCUGCACAAAUGAAUGAAAACCCAACGAGUGGAACAACUGCACCACCAUUACCUCCUUCUGAAAUACCAGAAACCACAAGUUUAACUCCUGAAUCAAAGGAAUCCACUACACCAUCGUCUACGACCAUUUUACCAACAACAGCCAACAAGGAAACUACUUCAACACCAGAAAUUACCACUAAAAGCUCAAAUCCUGCAACAUUAGCUCCAGCAUCAGAAGUAGACACAAGUACAGUUAAAAUACCAGCUGAAACCCAAAAUCCAACAAGCGUACCCACUUCCAAACCAGACACAGAACAACCCAUCUCAGAAAAUCCCCUGAAACCAGACCCCGAUUCUGACAAAAACCAAGAAGAAGUAGACACAAGUACAGUUAAAGUACCAGAUGAAACUCAAACUUCUACAAUCGCACCCACUUCCAAACCAGACACGGAAAAACCCAGCCCGGAAAAGCCCUUGAAACCAGUCCUCGAUUCUGACAAAAAUCCAGAAGAAGGAGACACAAGUCCAGACAAAGUACCAGAUGUCACUCAGAGUUCUACAGUCGCACCCACGUCCAAACCAGACCCGGAAAAACCCAGUUUAGUGAAGCCCUUGAUCCCGGUCCUCGAUUCUGACAACAAACCUGUGCUCAAUGGACUGGGGGAUUCAUCAGAGUACCCGGCAGAUGACAGCAACGACAUGGACUUGUGCAGUGGGCGUCCCAUCAGUGGAGUCACGACGCUCAGCAACGGGACAGUGGUGGUUUUCAGAGGUCACUACUUCUGGGUUUUGGACAGAGACAGAGUCCCGGGUCCAGCUCAAAGCAUCUCUCAUGUGUGGGGCGUCCAGUCUCCAAUAGAUACGGUUUUCACACGCUGCAACUGCCAGGGAAAGACGUACAUUUUCAAGGGCCCUCAGUACUGGAGAUAUGAAAAUGACGUUUUGGAUCCUGGUUUUCCCAAACUCGUAACAGCUGGUUUUGAUGGACUCAGAGGCCACGUCACAGCUGCUCUGUCUGUGCCUCAGUACCGCCGCAGAGGGGAGUCUGUUUAUUUCUUCAAAAGAGGUGGCAAUGUUCAGAAAUACUCAUACCAGUUUGGCACCAACCCAUCGUGUGACAGAAGAGUCCACCUGGCAGUUUACUCACAUCGUAACAGGGUCGCUCGACAAGCACCUGCACAUGUAGUGUCUCUAGGACCCUCCAUAAACUACAGGACGUCCUGGAGAGGUUUCCCCGCCACCAUCACUGCUGCUGUGUCCAUCCCCAACAAGAGAGAGCCAGAGGGGUACAACUACUACGUCUUCUCAAAAUCCAAAUCCUACAAAAUAAGGAUAGAAGGAGACAGACCAGUCAUUGCUACUGCUAAACCCAAUGCAUCCCCUCAAAGCAACGAAGUCUUCAAAUGUCCAAAGAAAGUCUCCACAUCACAAUGACAGCUUUGAUUUUAAAAUGUUUAUUAAAUUUUGAUAAAACAUUUGAGAAUGGACACUUGUUACAAAAUGUAAUUUAAGUACAAAAGUAAAACAAUAUAAUUUUAAUGACUUCACAACUGAACAGCUGGAGUCCGCAGAAAAAAAAAAAAGCACAAGAUUCAGUCAAGUCUCCACCAGGGGGCGUCUCAUCGUCUGUAUAAACCUCGAGCAAAUGCUUGACCUGUUGGAAUAAAAUGUGUAAUGAAUA